GUAUGUUUAUCCUCUGCUACUAACUGCUGUGUGUGUCUGUGUGCGCGCCUGUGUGUAAACUUAGACCCAGUGAAAGAGACGCUGAUGUGGACAAGGGACGCAAUAUUUUGACUCAAUGUUUUGAUCGUAGCAUUUGAGACAGAAAGUCGUGCAAGGUGGAUUUGACCUGUUUAAUUCUUCCACAACCCUGAUGAAGCAUACCCUAGAAUGUUGCUCAUCACCUUUUACUUGUUCCUGAUGUGUAUGUCAAUUGUGAUUUGUUAUCCUGAUGGGUUAAAUGUGGACUCAGUAUGUAAUACAAUGGUGCCAAACCAUGGUGUAUCAGCUCAGUCUUCACAAAGUCCUUAUAAAAUACAGCUAGCAUCAUCUUCUUAUACACCUGGAGUACCUGUGUCUGUGACAAUCUAUUCAACAUCAGCACAAUUUAAGGGUUUCAUGAUUCAAGCCAGAAAAGCAGAUGGCACUCAAAGUGAUGGUUACUUUACUGUUAUUACAGGAACUAUUCAUGCUUGUUCAAAUAAAGCUUUAGUUCAGAGCAACAGUAAUGCAAAGACAUCAUUGACAUUCAAUUGGAACCCACCUUCAACAGCUGUUGGAGACAUAACAUUCAAAGCGACCUUCGUUCAGAGCAAGACAGUGUUUUGGACUAAUACUGAAAUUGUUGUACUUAAACCAGUUGCUGUCAUCACUACAAUCUCAACAGCAUCAACUAUCUCAUCAUCCACAACAAUAUCAACCACCACAAAAUCAAGUGGAACUCAUAACACAACACAAGGACCAUUAGGGCCCAUAACAUUAGAUGCAGAAUGUGGGAAAACAAGAGGAUGCUUCUCAUUGUGUGCCCAUGGUGGCUGUAAAUUUUUUGUCUCCUGGUAUGAAGAAAAUUUAAGGGCUCAUUAUAUUUUGAAAUCAGUAGUUUCUUAUUCCAGUGGGUCAUUUAUGGCACUUGGAUUGUCCAGUGAUAAAAGAAUGGGAGAAGAUGCCAUCAUAGGAUGUUACCAUGGAUCAAGCGGAUCAAAUAUAAAAUUUUCUGCCACGUCGACAGACAGAGUGAUGCCAAAUAUCUUUGUUGAUACUGAUCUAGUUAUGACAUCCAGUAGUUAUACUGGUGGUGUACUCACCUGCUUUCUGAACAGGCCAGUUUCAGCAACCCUGAAGCUUUAUGAUGUCAGCAAACAGUGGACCUUGUUCUUUGCAACAGGAUCUGCAUCUUAUACUAGCAAUGUACUACAGUUAAAGUAUCAUGGCACUUCACGUUACAUGUCUGAAUCCAGUUAUAGUAUCACAUCAACUGCUAAUGUUCAGGCAAUGACUGCAGAGGAAGAAAAAUCUUUGAGUCAUGGAAGGCAAAACAAAUAUUCAAUAUUGACCAAUUUUAUUAUUGUAAUUUUAGUUGUGAAAUAUUUCACUUUCAAUAAUUAGAACCACACCACAGGGGAUACAUUUCACUGUCACUUAUUAGAACCAGCAUCUCCAUCUUCACUGAAUUUGUACAAAAAGUGUGGUAUGAGCUUUAUCAUGACUGAAUCUUUAAGAAAAAUGAAAUUGUGCAAGUUAUUUUAAUUUAAAAAACUAUGUAGGUAGGAGACUAAGCAUUGAUGUAUCUAGAUUUUAUUAAAUUAUCUAAAAUCAAACAACAAUGUAAAUUUAAAUUUAGCAAACCAACAUUUUGCAUCUUUUUUAUUAAUUAUAGUACUCACUAGAAAUUUACAGUCAUCUAUACCGUAGUCUGUUUAACUGUUGGGGCAUCACACAUGAUCUGUCGAUCGCUUUUCCUAUUCUUUUGCCUUGAAUAGAGUCUCUUUCAAUGAUAGACCUCUCUAUUCUUUAAUCUUGUCAUCCCAUCACUUCUCCUUUUUUCCAUGGUACUUUUCCCUGAGGACCUUGUAUGGCAAAAAAAAAAUUUAGUUUGGAUUUUUUGACAGUAGACGGCAAGUCAUCAUAGGGUCAGAUUGCCCUUGUGAUCUUGUUUCUAAUCUUCUCUUAGGAGUAGCUAGUAUCCUUCUUAUAGGAUGCUCCUCUCUUCUUCUGCAGUUAGCGUCCAAUAGUCACAUCUCAUACAAAAUUUUGCCAUGACCAUGGAAUGCAUCAGUCUGAUUUUAGUGCCUAGAGCUAAGUCUUUGUCUUAACAAAUUGUUUUUAGCUUUGCAAGUGAUGCUGUGUACUGUGCAAUUCUGAUUAGUAGUUCAGGUUUGGUUCCCAUGUCUGAAAUGAUAGCUACAAGGUAUUUAAGACUUCUGACACUUGCCGGCUUACUGAUGUCCAUUUGGAAGCCUUGUUGGCUAAUGGUGCAUUUUGUUGGUGUUGAUUUGCAUGCCAUAUGCUGUGGAACUUUUGAGCAUGCACAUUAGCAAGUCAUCUAGCUCUUCCUUGUCCCUGCCAUCAAACAAUUUACACAUUUAACAUGGACACAAAAAUCUGUAGAAAAUGUACAUAAAAAAUAUAUCUAUGAUUGUUAUAUUAUAUAAUGCUGAUGCUAUGGAACUACUUUUUUUUUUUUAAUGAACUGCAAUAUUUUUUUUUCUUUCAAUAGAAAGAGACUCUUUAUGAAAGUGUAUCAUAUCAUUUGACUUGAAAGAAAAGAUGGCUUAUCAUGGCUAUUGAAAUUUGUUUCAAGUUAUUGCUAAUGUUCUGAUAUUGAAAAAAAAAGUUCAUUCCUCAUUAGUCAAUAUCAUAGCAUAGCAUAAAAUGUUCUUUUUAGAUUCACAUGUUACUUUGUGAUGAUGGUUCUAUUUAAAUUUUUAAAAUGUUUUUUUUUGUCUUUGCCUUUUGAGAGUUUUAACAUUGUAAUUUUUUUCCUUAAAUUAAAUUUCUAUUCCAAAUAAAAAUGAAUUAUUCAUUAGGAUGCAGCUUAAAUCCAUUAGGUAAUCCUAAGAUGGGUAAAUUUUGUGUAUAUUUAUCUCUGAACUGAAUGAUUGUAAUGAUUGUAACUAAGCUAUAGUUUUAAAUGUUUUGAAAUUUAAGAACAAUGAUUAGAACCUUAUGAUAUUAUUGUACACUAUUGGCUUAUGUUCCAGAUAAUUUUGUGUAUUAUAAUUAAAAUUGUCAUGAAUAUGUCUACUUAUUCAUUUAUUUAUUUGAACUAAAGCUGGAUAGUUGCAUUGCAUAGAAUCAUUUGAAAUUUAUAUUUUGUAUAUUUAGCCUUAUUUACUUUAUUUUAUGUAUUUGAAAUGCAUGUAAAUACACAUUUUUGUUCGAUUAAAAAUGUUAUGUUUUUUUUUAAAUAAAAAGGCUAAUUUUUAAAAAAUGAUAUAUAGUAUUUAUGCUACUUUAAAGAUUUACCUUGAUCAUAUAAUUAUUCUGUAUUAAAAUAUUAUACAUUAUCA